AUGGCGGCCCAUUCCUUGGCCGUCGGUAUCGACUUGGGCACCACCUACUCGUGCGUCGGCGUCUUUCAGCACGGCAAGGUGGAGAUCAUCGCCAACGACCAGGGGAACCGCACCACCCCGAGCUACGUGGCCUUCAACGACACGGAGCGGCUGAUCGGCGACCCCGCCAAGAACCAGGUGGCCAUGAACCCCACCAACACCGUCUUCGACGCCAAGAGGCUCAUCGGCCGCAACUUCGACGACACGACGGUACAGACCGACAUCAAGCACUGGCCCUUUACCGUCAUUAAUGAGGGAGGGAAACCCAAAGUUCAGGUGGAGUACAAAGGAGAAAUGAAGACUUUCUUUGCUGAGGAGAUUUCCUCCAUGGUGCUAACAAAAAUGAAGGAGAUUGCAGAAGCAUACCUAGGUACUCCUGUGAGGAAUGCUGUAAUCACAGUGCCGGCUUAUUUUAAUGAUAGCCAAAGACAAGCCACCAAAGAUGCUGGAACCAUUGCUGCUUUAAAUGUGCUGAGGAUAAUCAAUGAACCUACUGCAGCUGCUAUUGCUUAUGGACUAGACAAAGUAGGAUCCGGUGAACAUAACGUCCUCAUCUUUGACCUGGGAGGUGGAACAUUUGAUGUUUCUGUUCUUACCAUUGAGGAUGGUAUCUUUGAAGUCAAGUCCACUGCUGGAGAUACUCACUUGGGAGGAGAAGAUUUUGACAAUCGCAUGGUGAGCCAUUUCAUGGAAGAAUUUAAAAGGAAAUUUAAGAAAGAUAUGUCUCAGAACAAGCGAGCUGUAAGACGUCUGCGUACAGCUUGUGAGCGUGCCAAGAGGACCCUAUCCUCAAGUACACAAGCUAGCCUUGAAAUUGACUCAUUGUAUGAAGGGAUUGAUCUCUAUACAUCUAUCACCAGGGCCCGGUUUGAGGAAUUGAACAAUGAUCUCUUCCGAGCCACACUUGAACCUGUUGAGAAAGCCCUUCGUGAUGCCAAGAUCGAUAAGUCGCGGAUUCAGGAUAUUGUUCUUGUGGGUGGCUCCACAAGAAUCCCUAAAAUUCAGAAACUGCUUCAAGAGUUGUUCAACGGGAAAGAGCUGAACAAGAGUAUCAAUCCAGAUGAAGCUGUAGCUUAUGGUGCAGCUGUCCAAGCAGCCAUUUUAACAGGUGACAAGUCUGAAAAUGUGCAAGACCUGUUGCUGUUGGAUGUUACUCCACUAUCUUUAGGUAUUGAAACAGCUGGUGGUGUCAUGACUUCUCUCAUCAAACGAAACACGACUAUCCCCACCAAGCAGACUCAGAUCUUCACUACGUAUUCAGAUAACCAAACCAGUGUCCUUGUUCAAGUUUAUGAAGGUGAGCGGGCAAUGACCAAAGAUAACAAUCUGCUUGGCAAGUUUGCCCUUUCUAAUAUCCCACCAGCCCCCCGUGGUGUACCACAAAUUGAGGUGACCUUUGACAUUGAUGCCAAUGGUAUCCUGAAUGUUUCAGCUGUCGACAAGAGCACAGGCCGAGAAAAUAAGAUCACAAUUACUAAUGAUAAGGGGCGGCUGAACAAAGAUGAAAUAGAGCGCAUGGUGCAGGACGCAGAGCGCUACAAGACUGAAGAUGAUUCUAACCGUCAAAGAGUGGGUGUCAAAAAUGCCCUAGAGUCCUAUGUGUAUGCCAUGAAGCAGGCUGUACAAGAUGAGAAAUUGAAAGACAAAAUUACUGACCAGGAAAGGAGCAGUAUCCUUGCAAAAUGUCAGGAGGUUCUAACUUGGCUAGAAAGAAACCAGACAGCAGAGAAGGAAGAAUUUGAGCACCAGCAGAAGGAGCUGGAGAAAGUCUGCAAGCCAGUAGCUAAAUUCUUUCGAUGUCCCUGUGCUGGGGUGCCUGGAGGAGCUGGCAGUACCUCAGAACCUGGCAAUGCCAGUGGACCCACGAUUGAAGAAGUUGACUGA